GUGGCCGCGGGUUCGGGGCCGCGCUCCGCUGCCCGCUCCUUCUCUCCUUCCCUCCCUCCCUCCCUCGCCAUGGCCCGGCGCAGCGUGCUGUCCAUCCGCAUCGUGGAGGGCAGGAACCUGCCCGCCAAGGACAUCACGGGGAGCAGUGACCCAUACUGCAUUGUGAAGAUUGACAAUGAGGCCAUUGUCAGGACUGCCACGGUGUGGAAGACGCUGUCCCCAUUCUGGGGGGAGGAGUAUGAGGUGCAGCUCCAUCCCACCUUCCACAGCAUCUCCAUCUACGUCAUGGAUGAGGAUGCACUCAGCCGUGAUGAUGUUAUUGGGAAGGUGUGCAUCACCCGCACCAUGCUGGCAGAGCACCCCAAAGGAUACAGCGGCUGGGUGAGCCUCAGCGAGGUGGACCCCGAUGAGGAGGUGCAGGGGGAAAUCCACCUCCGUGUGGAGCUCCUGGAGGGCGGCCAGCGGCUGCGCUGCACCGUGCUGGAGGCCAGGGAUUUGGCCAAGAAGGACCGGAACGGUGCGUCCGACCCCUUUGUCUGUGUGAGCUACAAUGGCAAAACACAGGAGAGCACCGUGGUGAAGAAGUCCUGCUACCCUCGCUGGAACGAAGCCUUCGAGUUCGAGCUGCCUGACCCCCCUGCAGAGAAGCUGUGUGUAGAAGUGUGGGACUGGGACCUCGUCAGCAAGAAUGACUUCUUGGGCAAGGUGGUGGUCAGCGUGCAGGGGCUGCAGGCAGCCGGGCACCAGGAGGGCUGGUUCAGGCUGCAGCCGGACACAGCCAAGCCCAGGGAGGAAAGGCGCCGGGGCAGCCUGGGCUCACUGCAGCUACAGGUGAGGCUGCGGGAUGAGACAGUGCUGCCCUCUCACUGCUACCAGCCCCUGGUCCAGCUGCUGUGCCAGGAGGUGAAGGCAGGGCACCAGGCUGGCGGGGUGCACCUGGUCACCCUCCUCGAUGAAACCACCACGGCUGAGUGCCGGCAGGACGUUGCCAUCAACCUGGUGAAACUCUUCUUGGGCCAAGGGCUGGUGAAGGAGUUUCUGGACCUGCUUUUUAAGCUGGAGCUGGCCAAGCCCUGUGAGCCCAAUACUUUGUUCCGGAGCAACUCCCUGGCCUCAAAGUCAAUGGAGUCUUUCCUCAAGGUGACAGGGAUGCAGUACCUGCAUGCGGUGCUGGGGCCCACCAUCUCCCGGGUGUUUGAGGAGAAGAAGUACGUGGAGCUGGACCCCAGCAAGGUGGAGAUCAAAGAUGUUGGGUGCUCGGGGCUGCACCGUGUGCAGACAGAGAGUGAGGUGAUGGAGCAGGGCCGCCAGCUCCUCCAGUCCUACCUCGGGGAGCUGCUAGAUGUCAUCAGCAAGUCAGCUCCUACCUGUCCUCCUGUCAUCCGUGCUGCUUUCCGGCAGCUCUUCCAGCGUGUUGGGGAGCGCUUCCCCCAGCAUCAGCACACUCAGUUCGUGGCCGUCACCAGCUUCCUGUGCCUCCGCUUCUUCUCGCCAGCCAUCAUGACCCCUAAACUCUUCCACCUAAGGGAGACGCAUGCUGACGCGCGCACCAGCCGCACACUGCUGCUGUUGGCCAAGGCUGUGCAGAUGGUGGGCAACAUGGAGCCAGCGGCAGGGCGGGCCAAGGAGGAAUGGCUGGCCCCGCUGCAACCCGCCCUACAGCACGGAGCCUCCCAGAUGAGGGCCUUCAUCACCCGGCUGGUGGGCACGGAGGAGGAGGAGGAGGAUGGAAAGGGGUGGCCGUGUGCCCCCCGCACUGCUGUGGUGAAAGAGGGGCUGCUCUUUGUCCACAAGACGCGGGGCAAAGGGCCGCUGCUCGCCUCCGCCUCCAAGAAGCUGCACUUCUGCCUCACCAGUGAGGCCCUCAGUUUCAGCAAGAGCCCCAGGGCGGAGGUAGGGGGACACGGGGUGGUGGGAUCCCACUGUGGCAUGAAGAGCACCGAGCACUGUGUCCCCAAUGGCAGAGGUGUGGCUCCAUUGCUUUGGCCAACAUCCGCGCGGCCGAGAAGGUGGAGGAGAAGAGCUUUGGGAGCUGCCACGUCAUGCAGGUGGUCUACGUGGAUGAGGCCGGGCAGCAGGAGACGGCGUACCUGCAGUGCAAGGUGGGCUGGGACGGGGACGGGGCUGUCACCCACCAGGGCGCUGUAUGACCACACUGUGUCACCGUGCUGCGCACCACCGCAGUGCGUCAACGAGCUGAACCAGUGGCUGUCCGCCCUGCGAAAGGUGUGCGGCAACAACCCGCAGCUGCUGCACGCCUACCACCCCGGUGUCUUCCGGGGGGACAAGUGGAGCUGCUGCCACCAGAAGGACAGGACGGGGCCAGGGUGCGGCCGGACACGGCACAGCAUCACCCUGCAGGACUGGAGUGAUCCGCUGCAGCCCGACGUGGAGGCGCAGCGCCUCUUCCAGCACCUCCACGGCCUGCAGCAGCCUCUCAGGGAAAAGUACUGGCAGCUGAUGGAGGCGGGGGGCCCUCAGAACGGCCCUCGGGGCUGCGGUGAAGGUAGAAGUGGAGGGGAGAACAGAGGGAGGGACCCCCCAGCGCCCCAUCCCCGCCAGAAGCGCUGUGUUUGGGGUCCGCUCCCCCGCCCCAGAUGGUCUCAGUGCCCCAUGCCCCCCCACCCCAGGACCCCCGCUGUCCCUCGAGCUCCGCCGGCUCUUCGAGGCGCUGCAGGACCUGGAGCGCUGCCACCGCCAGCUGCCCCCCGCCCUGCAGGAGCUGCAGACGUGAUGGAGCGGGCAGGGAUGGGACGGAAGGGAGGGAGGGAGGGGGGCUGUGCCUCGAGUGUGGCAAUAAAGGUGCAGUUCCGCCCCGCGCCGCGUCCGGAGUCUUUGUAGGA